CGCUCACAUGAGCCUCUGAAGCUUACUCUCUCCUCAGAUUUCAAACUGGAUUUUUUUGUACAAGCCUACUGCCUGUGAAAGACUUUAUUUUUUUUGUCUUGUAGAGCAGAACACCUCAGGGCUGAAUCUGUUCCUCUGCACUUCAAAGUGGAGUUUCCUUUUUUUUCAAUUUUCUCUUCUCGAAGCACAGUCAGGCAGCAUGCCAGUUUUCAUCUUGCUGCGGUCCCUGGUUAUCAGGCUCUUCAGUAGCAGACUGGCAAGCUCAGUGGCACGGUUCCUCAGGAGAAGCCUCUCUACAGGCGCUGCUCACCUUGGCACGGCGCUGCGACACGUCUGGGACCGCAUUCGAUCCCAGGAGUCCAAGGAAGCCGUCCUGGGCUGUGUGCUGUGCAUUCUCAACAUGCACAAGAAGGUGGAGAACUGAGCUCUCCCUCCACUUUCUGCUCAGCCCUCCACUUGCCUGUUGAACAGAGACCGGACAAGCAGAGCUGGUUUGUGUGGAGGGUGUACAAAGGGACGUGACAAGACUUUCUUUCUUUUUUUUUAUUCCCGUUUGGACAAUAUUUUUGUUUUUUCUCACCUGGACACUGCCAGCAAUGUCUGAAAGCAUUGUGAGGAAGGUCCAGCCCUUCACCAUUGGGACCAGGCUGUCAGUCCCGGCAGUGCCAAAAUGCCAGGAGUUCACACAGAGUUAUCUGCAGAGCCAGAGUCUGGAUAACUGCACUCUACAUCACAACCUGAACUCGCUCUACCUCAGUCGGUCCCAGGUCUGCGCGCACGGCCCCUGUCUCGACUCGCCCAUCGCCAAGCAGGUAGCACCCGUGAGGCACAAGCGGGAGGACAUGGCGGCUGAGGACGACCUGAACCAGAACGUGGCCUCUCCCUCCGCCGUCUCCAGGUCCAUCAAGAAGAUCACGAUCUCUGGGAGUAAAGACACAUCUGAGAACAAGGUGUCACAGCUUUCCAUCACAGGGACCACAUCUGAAAACAACAAUAACAACAACAAUGUCAGCAGCACAUCAGAUCCACAUCUGCCCAGGAUUGUGGGAGUGAGUUGUGAGAAUAAGCCCAGUUCUCACUUCAAGGUUUUACUCAGAAAAGACAACAGCGAUGACCUUCAGCCCACGCAGGGACAAACCAGGCGGAAACUGAAUGGAGAGCAACCCGUCCCACAGAUCUCAGUGCCUGAAUCGCAGCAGAAAGAGCCUCAAAGAAGAGAGAGUCAUCCGCACACACAGAAUGGAGCGUCGGCAGCGGUUACGUCCCAGAGUGACUGCUUCACUCAGCGCAACUCGCUCUUCAACAAGGAAGCACUGCAGGCAGAGGCGUGGAUCAAAGGCAAGCUGCAGGAUUUGAAGGAUGGAUGUAACAUUCAGCGCUGCCCCCUGCAGGACUGGGAGGAAGCCUCGCAGACGCUUCAAAGAGACCUCAAAGACUUUGAGAACACCCUAAUUCAACUCAACCAGAUGGGUGAGCAGUUGAUCUGCAAGCUGAACCCCACGUCUGAUCUGGUGAAGAAGCAGCUCAGCCAGCUCAGGGACCAGUGGCAGACCCUGAAACAGACGGCUGCAAACCAGACGAGGGCCCUGGGUGGAGCCAAGAACCUGCAGGAGUUCAACAAAAAGGUGGACAAGCUGGAGGCGUGGAUUAAAGAGAAGCAGGAAGAGGAGCAGUCUCUGGUGAACGUCCUGGGGGGAAAUGUUGACAAAAUGCAGCUGACCAGGAGAAUUUUAGAUUUGAAGCAGGACGAGCAGCUAUACAGAAACCUCCACGAGGAGAUCAACCACUUGGCUUUAAAGCUGGAGAAACAAGGGAAGACAGAUGUCAAAAACAUCUCCAGCAAGAGGAAACACAUCAACAAAAUGUGGCUGAAGGUCCAGUCUCAUCUGAAAAACCACCAUGAAAAUCUUCAGCUGGCACUGGAGGUGUCCUCUUUCUACCAACAGGCCGAUAAUACCGUGUUUGCUAUUAAUAACAUGGUACAAUUCCCCGGCAGCUUAAUGUGUUUUUCUUUUCUUCUUCUAAUUAGAUCUGAGGUUCACGUUUCGCUCACAUUUACUGACACAUACCAUCUCUUUCAGUGGAAAAGCAUAUCUGCGUCCAAAGAGCUGGACAGCUUUGGAGAUAGAGAAAUACGCGACAUCGCCAGUCAAAUCAUGAUGCUAGAUGUGAGCGUGUCCCAGGUGUCUAAUCUCCAUCCUGCCCUGGCUGCCGGCGUCGCACAGAAACAGAGCGAGGUGAAGGACUGCUGGGCGCUUCUUCAGAAGGUUUUCAGCAGGACUGACAGGACCGCACUCCCUCCCACUGGCUCCGCUUUCACCAGGGAAGAUGCCGACCCCCUGACACCAGCCCGAGAACCCCAGUGCAGCGUGGGAACGGAGAUGCAAAGGAUCAUGGGAAAGGAGGUGAAGGAGGAGCAGAAUCGUCUGAAAGGCUGCGUGACUACUGUUGAAUGGGGGAUCGGGAGGAGAACACAAAGCCAGGAGCAGCCGUCAGCGAACCACACCUCUUCACCCACGGGAGACAGCCCUGCCUGUGUCAAUGAUGUCAUCGUCAGACAUCAAUUGAAGGGGGAAAGCAGCAGGAAGCCCAGAGCAGAGCCCAAGCUUGCCGCCGCCCCGCGAGGCCACCCACAGCUUCACACACAGCUCCAGAAGUUCACUGUGUCUGCCAACAAGACGUUGUCCUGGCUGAAAGACAAUGUGUCCAUGGCCACACAGGUGUGUUCAAUAGCCAGCUUCGAGGGGCUAGAGGCAGCCAGGAGGUGUCAACACGCUCUGGAGCAAGAAAUUCUCACCAACAGGGCCAGGAUAGAGGUGGUCAAGCGGGAGGGCCACGGGCUGGUCCGCGCUCAGCACGCGGGCAGCGCCAAGAUAGAGGAGUUCCUCGGCCAGCUGGAAGUCCUGUGGGAGGAGCUGCGGAGGAGGCACCAGAGGAACGCAGUGUUUCUGCAAGCCUCAGAGGAGCUGGGUUUUCGGGUUGUAAAAGUGCUCCAGGCCCUGGGCAGUCUGGAGGCCUGGCUGGAGUCCGUGGAGCUUUCCAUGAAGGAAUCUGCGCUCGCCGGUGACCCCGAGACAAUGAGCAUGGCCGAGAGGGAGAGCUGUCUGCUGGAGAAAGAGGUGGCAGCCCGCGGCCCGGAGCUCAGCGCUCUGAGGCGGGAGGUGGAGCAUCUCCACAGCCACAGUCACCCACACACGGGAGGCCUGCCAGCGCGCAUGGAGGAGGUGGAAAGAAAGUACCAUCGUGUCCAAAGUGCCCUGACCCAGCAGAACUCAGAGCUGCAGGACACACGAAUGCUGACAGAGUUCCUGCAGCGCGUGGAGCUGGAGGAGAGCCAGGAGCUCAGCGGCAGUCAGUACAGUCUGGGCCAGCUUCUUCACAGUGAGAUUUCCUCAGCUCCUACAUUGCUGGGACUCCAAAGCAGUGGCGGUGGGGAGCCCCUGAUAGAAAGCAUGGGGGACCCUGUGGAGGAACUACGAGAGGCCGUGGAGAUGCUGAAUGACACCGUUAGGGAAAGAGGCCGGUCGCAGAGCCACGACCAGGCCAUCCAUGAGCUGCUGAGCAAGCACGCCAGCCUGGUGGUGCACGUGGAGAAGUGCCUCUGCCGCAGCAAGGAGCUGGGCCUGGACAUCCUGGAGAAGGAAACAGACAUGGCCGUCCAGUGUGAGCCAGACCGCUGCGGCCUCGAGGCUCUGCAGGAGAAGCAGGACCACCUGGAGAUUGACUAUGAGGUCAUCAGGGAGGAGGUAAAGGAGAUGGAGAACCAGACGUCUCGCUUGGAGGAGCUGUGCCCAGUGAGAGUGCACAUGCUCGGUGCAAAGAUCCAGGCCAUGCUGGAGGGCUGGACAGAGCUGGGGAAGAGCGCGACGGAGAACAGGUCACAUCUGCGAGAGUUUGUGCAGCUCCAGGACUUCUUCAGGAGCUACCUCGCCAUGAUCUCAUGGACAGAAGACACCCGGUCGUGCAUUUUCUCAGACACCGCCUUGCAUCUUGGGAGGGAGGGCCAGAGGCCGCUCGCUGCCGAGCUGGACAUGCAGAUCGAGCUAAAGUUUGAGGAGUUUGAUGAGCUGGCAGAGACGGGGAGGAAUUUGUUAGACAAAGAACACCACCUCACACAGAUGGUAAGAGAGCGCAUGGAGGAACUGAGGAGUAUGCUUGGGUGGAUCUCGGUGCACUGGAGGGCUCAGAAACAACAGUGGCUUCACAAGAAGAGUAGACAGGAGCCUUCACAAGAUAACAUUUAUUCUGAGGCCACAGCGUGCACUCCAUUGACAGAGAGUUUAGCCCCUGAGCUAGAGGCCCACCAGUCCCAUCCGUCCCCAUUCGUCACCGCCAAUGACGACGAAUUAAAGGCAGCAGCAGACGGCCGAUCCUCAUCGCUGCCGUGCAGACAAGCCGAGCAGCAGGAGGACAAGCAGUUCGAGGAUGGGUAUGAGGUGAUGAACAGUAUCGGACCGCAGGAUGGCGAGGCCCCCUCCUCAAAGUCUCCCAAAUCCUCCAUUGUGGUCCUCAAAGAGCCAGGCAGCCCUUCUUUAGGGGGCACGGUCAACCUCAUCCUGAGUUUUGGGGGACAGGGGGACAGCCAGGUUCAGGUGCUUGACCCACCUGCCAGGACGAACGAGGUAAUGGAGGAGAGCUCUGAACCCGUCCACAGGGUAAGUACCUACUUGCAUGUCAAGGACAGCAACCUGGCUGUGGUCCCCGUGUACGAGAGCAUCACCUUGCCCCGCCAAAAGAGCCGCUCUGCAGCCUCAGCCUCUCCUACUUUCUCGCUGGCCUCCUCCUUGCCACCUUCCACGGCGCCUGCGCCUCAGAUGGCCAGCGUAACCUUCCGCCCUUCGGCAGGGAGCGGCAGCAGCUCCAUCUUCAGCAGCCUCAAGAGAAUGGGCAAGAAGAGGAAGAGGAAGAGAGACGCUCGCAGACACACCAUUCAAAAAAUCAUGGGAGUGGAGGAGCAUACGGAAGGGACGCCCCAUUAUGACUGCGAGAUGAUCACGUAUGACACGCACACGUGGCCGCUGAAGGAGGGCAGAAGAAAGAAGAGUUCACAGAAGAGUGGGGAUGGGGUCGAGGCUAUGGCCUAUAUGAAGAAUCCCCUGCUGAAGGACAUUGACACAGAAUGUGCCGGAGUGUACAGCAUCAUUCCGUAUGCUGUCUCGGAGGAAACGACCACAAAUCACGCGAGAGGCCACUGCAGAUUCCUCUCUUUGGGCUCUGUGCUGAGCUUCGACCUACCAAAGGACAUGACCCUCAUCCCCAGCAUUCAGGACAUCAUCACCAUCGCCCCGCCGGAGUCCAAAAAAGGAGCGGGGACUGAUCCGGACCCCCACUCCCAGAGACACACGGCCCUGAGCUCCUUCAAACAGACUCGACCCACUCCUGCCGCCACACACAGCUCAGCAGAGCUCAGUUUUCCUGAAUCGCAGACCGCGACGGCUGCGGUGAAAGAUCUGCCUGAUGUGGAAAAGAUUUCCCAACCACAACCUCCUCUCUCCCCGGGAGGAGAUGAGGAUCAGACUGUGCCGUGUAACGGCCUGUGUAAAACCCAGCCCGGCCUGCACAGGUACGCAGAACAGGAGUGGGACAAAAUGUCGUCAGAGGUUAGAACCAGUCCAGCUGAAAGAGAUGCCACCAGCCAGCAUUCCCAUUUCCCUAUUUAUGUGAACCAAGCCCAAAAUGCAGCUGCACAUAAACACGAAUGCCCUAGUGUCCACACGCUCAUCCGAGACCUAAAUGGACACCAGUAUCAUAAACAUGCAAGACCCCAGGUCGUGCGUGAAGAGAGUCCUAGACUGCAGUGUCUGAGCCGAGCUUCUCAUAUGGUUGUGAAUCUGAAGUCGACGGUGAGUGUUCGCCAGGACUCGGUGGACUCUGGAAUCUCCACCUCCAGCAGCAUCAAGCUUUGCACCGAGGCCCCGUGUCCAGAUAUCCCGCAGCCCAAGGGCGUGGUGGGGAGACUCGUGUCCUUUGAGGUGGGGGGUCUAGACUGCGCUAAACCGAAGGGGAACCCUUUAACAUCAGCGGCUCCAUCAGCAGACCUAGAAACAGAGCCCGUCCACCUCGACCGCCAGCAGUUCGAGGAGGAAGAGGAAGAACUGGAGGACAUCUGGAACCGGACUACAAACUACAGACAGAGCAUCUGCUCAGACAUCAUGUACCAGCCCAACCACGGACCCUCGGACCAAUCCAGGGAGCCCCUCUCCCGCUCACCUUCGCCCAAGACCCCGGCUGUGCUCUACAGGAACCUGGUCACAGCCUCAGCACCCAACCUCCUCGUGGCAGAGUUUAAACUGCCCCCCUACCUUCAGGGCUUGCUGGGUUACGACAAGGAGCAGAGCCCCAAAGGGGCCACCGGAGACAGGAGGUCCUGGGCGGCCUUUCCUAACAGGGAACCAGCCGGCAAGACCUCAGUGGCUGUGAACGAGACGGCAUCUGAUCCAGUGAAGCUGCCAGAUGUGGGGGACAAUCAGAGAUAUAUCUAUCAAUACAGAGAGGAGGAGGAGGAGGCAAAGGUGGGGGAGGAGGUGGAGGAGCAUGCAGGUUCUUUGAAGGACCAAUCAAUGAGUCUACUGUCAGUUCACAUGGGUUUGGAUGGCGUCUGUCGGCAAAGAAAAGCCUCGCAAAGCCUGGACAACGCGGAGAAGCAGGAAGACUCAAUGGCCACAGGAGGUCGCUGUAUCAACCUGAGUGGAAAGCCAGAGCUGCAGUCUAUAGAGGGGACGCUGGAGAGGAAGCACAAGCUGCAGCUGGGAGGAAAGAAAGCCGCCUCCAGAGGCUGGAGCUCCUACCAUGCCGUCCUAUACGGACACACCUUGUGCUUCUACCAGGACAGAAAGGAUACACUAAGGAGCUCAGCAUGCGGCCUGCCGCUGAACCUCAUGGGAGCCGAGUGUUCACCUGCACCAGAGUACACCAAAAAACCCAACUGCUGUAGACUACGGCUCCGCGACGGAUCCGAAUACCUGCUCAAUGCCUCCUCACGCUUCAUGCUGAAGAAAUGGAUGAUGAAAAUACAAGCAAACACAGGCCUGAGUGAGUCUGCGUCUUCGAGUGUCCCCGCUGAUCAAGACCUCCCCAUUUCCCUAAAGCCCUUCCUCUGCUCCGGAUGUCACGGCCUCGCCAAAUGCCACUGCACCCCCCGCCGCGAGGUCACCUCCACGUUCCCCAGGCCCAAACCGCCGGGCGUCGCCCAAACCAAAGAGACAUUUGUCCUCACCAGAGAGUUCAGUCACAUGCCGCGGAGUCAUUUGCGGAGUGUGGAUGAGCGGUCGACCGUCUCCUCCUCAGAUGCAGGCCGCUGUGAUGAUGAUGUUGAUGAUGAUGAAGACAGUCUGAAGCAGACAGUGACUCACAGGCUGUCUGGAGCGUCCAGAGACAACACCUCCUCCUCCCCUUACUCCCCUAUCUCCAGCAGCGAGGACUGGCUCGGCCACAAGCGUCGCUCCCACUCCUUCACGUCAGCGACGUUUCAGAGGAUCAAACCCAUGUUGCGCACACCGGGAGGCGGAGGCCCGGAAAGAGGCUCCAACUACUGCGUGACUCUUGUGGUUGGAGACAAGUCAUCAGGCGGGAGGAGCUCUGGGCCUCCGCUGCUGGCCGCUGCUGGAUGGCAGCAGGACACCUGUCAGGAUUCUGCUCUGAGGAGCUACACCAGCCUGCCGAGGCCACGCACCAAGUCCGUCUUCAAAAAGUUCUUCGGGAAAAGGGACAUCUGAGUUUAAAAAAAAAUGUUUUUACUAAUAAAGGGGUUUUACAAAUAGUUUCUAAUGUGCAGUGCACAUAUUUGUUGAAAAGCAAAAAAAAAAAAAACGCUACUACUGACUGUAUUUAUGAUCUGAAGAGCUACCACGGUUUUAUUUUUUGAUGUGUUUCAUAUAAAUCACUUUCAGUCCUUCUGAGUGUUUCUAUUGUUCUUUGUCAUUUUUCUUGUGAAAGGAACAAUACUGUGUGAGUGUGCACCGUGUAGUUUCCAGUGUGAUUCUUUUAAAAACACUUUUUGUUGCCGGUCGUAUUUCAUAUUUCCUUUGAUAGUUUUUGGAUUGUUGAGUUAUUGAGUGAACGGUUUCUGUAUAGAGAAGCCGACCUGCUCAGUAGAGAAUCAGUUUAGAAGCUGACUCAGUUAUGGCCAAGCAUUGACAAUAUGUACAGCGUGUGGUGCACCAACACAUUUUCUUCCUUAUAAUAAAAUAAGCAGUUUGAUACUGCUUGAGCUUGUUUGAUAUUAACACCUUUUUUUUUAAUACAAAAUGUAGUAAAGACUAUUCAUAAUAAAACAUUAAAAACCAAAUGAUUUGAUUCGGCUGUGAUUAUUCAACGAAGAUAUCUAUUUUUAAUAGAGUUGGUGGUGAAAAUGUCUGUUAUUGAGGCUUUGUUCUCGUCUCUGGAGGCUUUGAAGAAAGGAGAUUAGAUGAAGAGCGAGAUUAAAGGCCAGGCCAGGCUAAGAACAUCUUCACAUCAUUGGCCUUCUUUUUGCAUAUUAAAAAGACAUGAUUCAAACAAAUCCAUAAUCAACAGCAUUUAUGCUGAUGAACCAGACAUCCUCUGCAGACAUUAUGGCUGCAUAAUGAGUCAUAUGCAUAACGGGGUUUGCAAAAUAAUAUUGUUCAGCAUUACAAAAUAUUCAGCGAUUUCCUU